AUGCCGGCCGGGGGCGCGAAGACGCGGUUCGGCCGGUGCCCGUACUGCCGCGCCAUGAUCUGCCAGAGCACCAGCGCCGCCAUCUACUACUGCACCAAAUGCCGCACUCCGAUCCGAGGCAAGAACACGGAGCCGACAGACGAUGAAACGGACAACGCUCUGAGCAGUCUGGAGAUCCUCUCGGCCGUCGACACAGAGUCGGUCUUCUCCGACGAGCUCGAGGGUUCCUCUACUACGCAGCCCUCGGUCAUCGACGUCGACGGCGACCAACCUCCCUUCUCGUGCGGCUACAACUCCAACUCUGAUGCCAACAGCCAGGGGAUUGCGGCUGCUUCCUCGCCGUCGCCGCACAGAGGCUUCGGUUCACCACGGGCCGGCAAACCUCGGAGCAAUAGCUGCCUACCUCGGGGCGUCGAAGACGGCCUCAUUGGCUCGGAUGGACAGGACGAGGUUCGAGUCGUUCGACCGGUGAACAGUCGCGUCGAUGCGCUCCGGGCGUCGUCUCGGCGGACGAGGCGGGCGUUGAGCGCUUCCGACCCGAGCAUUCUGCGCCGACGUGACUUCUCUGUCCCGGAUCCCGAGGAGGCGCCGAGGAACGCGUCGUCCGGGCAGCAGCAGCUCCGGCAAUCCGCGCUGAGCUCUAGGGAGCUCAGGACGUCUGCCAGCGUGUCCGCUGCCACGGCGUCGCCCCUGACGGACCCGGCGUUCCAAAGGGACCUGCUGCACGCGCUGGACAAGCUCCGCGGCAUGAUUGCCAGCAUCGAGCUGCAGCCGCGGCAGGCGAGCGGCGGGAGCGGGGCCGUGACGCGGCGCGACUCUCGUUUGUUCCGGCGGCUGGAGUCGCGGCUCGCGGAGGAGCUUCCCGCCGACAGCGCGGCGGCACGUGGCCCGCGCCGGAACGGUUACUCGAGCGCUGGCUCCGCCUCGUGGUCGUCGUCGGCGUCGUCGUCCAGCGGACAGGGCGAGCGGCACGCAGCGAGGCCGCAGAGGAGGCGCCACUGCCUCCCGGUCCUGGGGGGCGCGCCGUUCGUCGUCUGCGGCGAGUGCUCGGAGCUUCUCCAGGCGCCCACGUCGGCGGUGCCGUCGCGGAGGAGGGGAAGCGUCAGGCUGCGGUGCGGCGGGUGCGAGAAAGUGCUCGAGGUGGCGCUUCCCGCGGUCGCGGGUACCGCUGGCCCCGCGCGCCGGACGAGCGGGGUGUCCGGCUCGGGUGAGCUGGAACGCGCGGCGAGCAGGAGCGGCGGUGCCGGUGCGCAGCAGGUGCCGUUGCUGCUGCACCGCGCGCUGGGGUACGACUCGAUGAGCCAGCUUCUGCAGAGCCGGCGGUACUGA